AUGAACACUGGUGAGAUGCUUACCCCGGCUAUCGUGGUGCCAUGGCUCCUGAUAAUCGUCCCCGAAGCAUCAGCUAGUAGUCUCCUUCGGUACAACGCGACACUAGAUGAGGGACGGAUAGAAUGCGUCUACCCAAUCAGCGGGCAAUAUGCCCUUCUCCAGCGAGUUCUCUACUAUGGACUCCUUCUCUUCUCCAUCGUCAGUCGGAAAACCCCGUGGCUAGUGGCUGGGGCGCUAGGUGCGGCGAUGACCUACGCUGGAUCGGCGGCUGUCCAUGCAACCAUCCUCGCUGGCAUAUCGCGUGAUUCUCUGCUUGAUCUGGACUGCCUUGGCAUCUUUGCCAUUGUCAGCGUGGGAAGCUUAGUCGUGACUGUAUUCUUCCAUGGGUCCGAACUGCUGCGCGAGUCCCCUGCCCGUCCGGUAUUCCAAUACUGGGGGUUACUGAUGGUGGUUGGCACAAUCUGUGCCGUUGUCGCGAUGUUGAGAGACUAUCCCAGCGAGGAGAGAUGUACAUCUACACCGAGUGAUGCGACCAACACCACAGAACCCAUACUGUUGACGAGCACAGCACAAUUGGGUCUGAUGCCGUUCAACUGCACGUACGCCUGCUUCAGCACACGACAAGCCUUUCGAGAAACGAGCGACAUUCGCGUGAUACCAGCGGGCACGGUAUCACAUCGGAGAUUCAGGUUAUUAUCAGCCUCAAUCUGUCUCUCAAUAUUCCUCGGAGCCGUGGUCUCACUUUACCGUCUCCUCGUGACUCCACGCUACUACACAAAGGACGAGCUGACACGCAUACUCCGCUCAGCAAACAAGACCCUUGCAAAAAGCGACCUCCUCCCGAAACAGCGCCGCUACGCAAAACAGAGGCAGUCGAUGGCGCAGAAGAAGUUGGCUCGGGGUCAGAAGCGUGGCCGGCCGGGGGUGAUGACUGAUCUGCUGUCAGUCGCCUGUGCGGUCGUCAUCAUCUUGAAUGAGAUUUUCAUACAUAUCGGCGAUGAGAUACCUGCCAGUGAACCGCCGUACGCGGUGGGACAAUGGGGUCCAUGGGUAGCUGUCUUCAUGGCGUUGGCGGGAUCUGCUAUCGUGGAGUACCACCGGCCAGCGUGGGAUGAACGACAGCGGAUAUUGAGGGAGGAGGGCGUGCUUGCGCAAGGGGAGAAUGCACCGUCACUGUUCUCUUUGGCAUGGACGCGCUUGGAAAGGAUGGCUGGGAAAUCACCAGCUACCGGAGUGGACCCGGGGGCUGAAAUCGUGCAGUGGCCAGAGGCAGCCUGGCGAAGGGGAUUGCCUAGUUAA